UCCCAAAAGAAGUCUGUCGUGAGCAGAGGACCAGUGCGAUGCUACUGCUUGCUGUCGCGCUGUCUACGCUCGUCUUAGUCGGUGUAAAAUCAGACGGACCGAGAAUAACAUCACCGAAAGAUGAAACAGUUGUGCAAAAAGGAGAAACAAUUACCGUUGUGUGCGAAGGAGAAGGUGACUUGAAAUGGGAAUAUCCUGAAUACAGCGGAUCAAAGGUGAAUGUAACCAAUGAGCACCACAAGACAACUCUGAAGAGAUAUCAAGCUAAUUAUCUAGAUGUUGGGUAUUACAUAUGCUACACAGAAAAUAACUACAACAAAAUAAAAAAUCAAGUAUAUAUUUAUGUGAAAGAUGAACAGCAACCAAUUGCUAUGGCAACUAAAAGAAUAUUUGUGACCGUUGAACCAUCAGGAACUGUCAUAGUACCCUGCAGACCUACAUCUCCAGAUGUCAAAUUGCACCUUAUUAAACUAGAAGAGGCUGCGGAGGUUCUCCCUGAAGAUGACGAACGAAUCACUGUCAGUAAGGAAGGCUUUGUUAUUCACAGUGUAUCUUUGACUGACAAUGGAAAUUAUGUAUGCUGUCUAUAUGGGGCAGAUGGUCAAUGUGAUGAAACACAUCGUUACGACAUUAGAAUAAACGUGAAAAAGACACUUGGUUCCUUACCUUUGCCUGAAGUGUUUGGUCCAAAAUAUGCAGUUGUUGGCAGUACUGUAGCAAUGUUUUGCAAUGUUACAACAUUGGCAUCAGCUCAGCUUCUACAACUGAAAUGGAUAGUAUUGAAUGAGACUUACAUUAAGACUGGCCAUGUAAAAACAAAGUCAUUAGAAAGAACACGAAAUUAUGGGGGUGUAUCAGAAAAUGUUUACGAAGAGGUAAUAAUUAUCUCAAAUAUCACAACUGAUGAUGCAGGAGCCUAUACAUGUGAGGUCAGAAAUGAUAAAAAUGCACAGAACAAAUCUAUAGUGCUCCACGUGCGUGGUGAUUCUUUUGUUGAUGUCUCAUUUUCUGCCACAAAGGACGUAACUGUAAAUGAUGGAGAGAAUGUUACAUGGGUGGCAUAUAUUGAUGCAUUUCCAAACAAAUUUUCUGUUGUGUGGAAGAGUCCACAGGAUAAAGAAAUUGAUCCUGUUUUGCGAUAUUCUCUAAUUACAAACAGCAAAGAAAUCAAGUUUUCUAUUCAAAAUGUAACAACCAAGGAUCAGGGUAGAUACACAGUGGUUGUUCAAAAUUCAGGAAGUGAAUUCAUUUCAUAUCCAACUCUGACAGUACGUGGUAAGCCAACAACAUGGAUUGUCAACAAUCAGAAGAAAAUAUUCUUAGCUGAAAAAGAAACAUACAUAGUGAAGUGUGAGGUUGCUAGUGGUUCCAGCCUUGUUAUUGUUUCCUGGAAUUUUACUUCAUGCACUAGUGAAUCUGCUUGCACAACCAAAUAUUUAGAAACAGAGCAAAGGAAUAAUGCAGAUGGUGUGAGGAAUGGAUCUUUUCUGACUUCCACGUACAAAUUUUCAUGUGAAAUACCAGGAAAUCUGUCUUGUAUUGCUUCAGAUGACUAUGGAAUAGGCAGCAACACCAUUGAAAUUAUUUGUGAAGGUGUUACAAAUGCUGAAGCUCUUACAGCUGGUGUGGUGUGUGCUGCACUUGUACUUAUUAGCAUUGUAGCUGUCCUAGCGUUUAAACUGAUAAAAGAGAAGAAACUACGAAAAAAAUUAAGUGAAAUUGGCCUUGAAAAUUUUGUGGAUGGAGCACCAGAAAGUAUGAAUCCAAAUCUUCCUCUGGAUGAACAGGCAGAGCUACUGCCAUACAAUAAAAUUUGGGAGUUCCCCCGUGAAAAAUUAAAAUUUGGGAAGCAACUAGGUUCUGGAGCUUUUGGUGUUGUAGUAAAGGCUGACGCAUAUGGUAUUCUCGAACCUGACAAAACCACAACAGUAGCAGUGAAGAUGGUAAAACAGAAUGUUGAUAUCACAUACAUAAAAGCUCUUGCUUCAGAGCUCAAAAUUAUGUGCCAUCUUGGGAAACAUCUGAAUAUUGUGAAUUUAUUGGGUGCUUGUACUGAUAAUCUUUCCAAAAGAGAGCUUCUGGUAAUUGUAGAAUAUUGCAGGUUUGGUAAUUUGCACAGUUACCUGAUUCGCAAUCGAAAGAACUUUAUAGAUCAAAUAGACCCAGGAACAGAUAGCAUAGACCCAAGUAUCUGCAUAGAAAUAUUAUCACGGCCAGAAAACAGUCAAGGAUCAAGUAGGUCAAAAUCCAGGUCUUCCAUAUCUUCAGAUACCCAUCAAUCUAACAGCAACAGCGCUGUGAGGUAUAUUCCAUCAUCCACAAGUGAUACAAGUGAACAUGGUCAAGUCAGUUUCAACCCAAGUGUGAGUGGUGGCAGCAGACCACAAGAAUGGUGCUAUUAUUAUAAGUGUGAUGAUGCUGGUAAAGUGAAUCCAGUAUGUACGCAUGACCUUGUAUGCUGGUCAUACCAAAUAGCUAAUGGAAUGGAUUACUUAGCUCAGAGAAAGGUGUUACAUGGAGACCUGGCAGCUCGAAACAUUCUACUGGCCGACGGGAAUGUUGUGAAGAUCUGUGAUUUUGGUUUGGCAAAGAAUAUGUAUCGUUCCAACAUAUACAAAAAGAAGAGUAGUGGACCACUGCCAUUUAAAUGGAUGGCUAUAGAAGCCAUAAAGGACCGCAUAUUUUCAACACAAUCAGAUGUGUGGUCCUAUGGUGUGACUCUGUGGGAGCUCUUUUCUUUGGCAACGACACCAUACCCAGGCAUGGAGCCAGAUGAGAGAUUGCUUCAGAGGUUGAUUAAUGGCUACCGAAUGGAAAAACCACAAUAUGCUACCAACAAAAUAUAUGAGAUUAUGCUGAGCUGUUGGCACACUGACCCUAAUAAAAGAGUGACUUUCUCGCAGUUGGUUGAAGAAUUUGGAAAUAUCCUGGGAGAGAGAACCUUAACUCAUUAUCAUAACUUAAAUGAUGAAUAUAUCAGCAUGAGUCCUAAACCAGGACCUAAUGGAGAUGACUAUCUUGCCAUGGCUGCUGCACCUGAUUAUAAUAAAUUACUAUCACCAGUGGAAGGUGAAAAUCAUUCAUAUAUAAAUAGUAACCCAUUGUCAAGUGAAAAUCCUGAAAUUGAACAUAUAAGAGACUACACUGAUAUGAACUGUGCAUCACCCUCUGGUUAUGAUGUCAGCAGUAUUGAUACAGGCUUCCACAGUGAUGGUUCACAGAAUACAACAUAUGAAGCCAGAGAUGAUAACAGCAACAAAACAGCGAAGCUGGCAAAUGUUAAAUUAUACUCUCACACAAAAGAUUCUCAGAAAGAUACUGAAAAGCAAAAUAUUUCACCAGAAAAUAAUGGAAUCUCAAACCCUGCAUAUUUUCACACCUCAUUGUAAUUCUCAUUACUCUGUAAGUAAUUUAUUUGUUGCUACUGGUCUUUUAAAAUCUGUAUUUCUUGUGAAUAUUUGCUUCAAGAUACCACAUAAACCAUUAAAAGUGCAACCUGUUGCAUUAAAUGACAACUAACUCAUUUUAAAACUCUUUGUUCUGAUGGUUGUGAUACUAUGUAUGCAUAUUAAUUGAGCAUAAUAAGAAAUGUGUCCACCUCCAUAGCUGAGUGGUAUGGAUGGAUGACCCCAAUACAGACGUUUCGGGUUUGAUUCCUCAUACUGCCAGUAAUUUUUCCUUGGUGCGACGUAAAGGGUGCACUCAGCCUCAGGAAACCAACUGAGGAGCUACUUGACCAAUUACUAGGGGUGCCAAGAUCAAGAAGUCCAACAAUGACUGGGAAAAUGGUGUGCUGACCACAUGCACCUCCAUAGUGUAUGCAAUGCCACCAAUGGUAAAGGAUGACACAGUGGUUAGUCAGGCCCAAUUGGCCAAUCUAGGAAUGCAGAACCUUACUUUCUUAUAAUUAGAAAUGGAAGUAUAUUUCCUUGGUUGCUUAGAUGAAUGAAAUAAACAUCUCUCAUUCAUUAUUUUAGCAUGCGUGUUGCUUACUUUCAGUUGCCAGUAAACAGUAUUGUGUAUUGUAUCUUUUUAAAAGAUAUUUAUUUUAUAGGAGAUGACAUCUAAUAUUUAGAAGUAUUUGAUGUUUUAUUGUAGUUUAUGAUUUGUGGCAAUGAACCUCAAUAAAUAAAUUUAAAUGUAAAACUGCUCAGUUGAUGAGCAUCUCUCAAGCAAAAGAUGUAUUUUAAAGAAAUAAUAUUUCAUUUUUUAUAAAAUACUAACUUAUAGAAGAUGAAUGUUAAUAAAUGUCAUGUUAAAUUCUUUGCGUGAUAUCUGCAUACAACAUUAAAUAUUUAUUGCCAUUGUUGAUUGCCCACAAAAUGCACAGAAUGUAUAAAUUUGAUAUCUGCAUACCACAUUAAAUAUUUAUUGCAAUUGUUGAUAGCUCACAAAAUGCACAGAAUUUAUAAAAUCUUCAGAGAUCUACUUAAUAAUUCUCAACUUGUUACAGGCUGAGUCAAAACUUUAUGACCAGCUGCUUAACUGCAUCUCGGUUCACCAUUUUAAUGAAAAACUCAGUGAUUAUGCCUGGCAUUGAUUGUCAGAGAGACGUGAAACUAAAUCUCUAUAGACUGGUCAUGAAAUUCCUGUCCUAGAUGUGUUUCAUUGGGUUCAGAUCAAGUGAAUUUUUUGGCUAAGGCAUCAAUAUGAAUUCAUUAUCAUGCUCCUCAAACAACAGUGGCAUGAUUCUGGCCUUGAGACACUGACAGUUAUCCCACUGGUGGAAUUGGAACUGGGGAAGACAUCAAGCUUGAAGGGAUACAGGUGGCCCACAAUAAUGUUCACAUAGUCCACACUGUCAUGGUGCAUUUGAAUAGUAGCAAAUACCCUGUGGAAGUCAAAAUAAACAUUCCUCACAGCACAAUAUCACCUAAACCAGCCUGCAUACCUGGCAUGGUACAUGUAUUAAGCAGCCAUUCACCUGGAUGACAGGAUCUCUGAACAUGGCCAUCAACCUAGCACAAAAAAUAAACAUGCUUCAUCAAACCAGGCAAUCUGUUUCCAUUGAUGCACAGUCCAAGCUCAGAUAUCUUGCAAUGCUGCAAUCAUAAUUGAUAGCUCUGGGCACACAUAAGGGUAGUCUGCUGUUGAGCCCUAUGUUCAACCAUGUGUGCUGAGAUGGGUGCUGUGAAACAUUUAUGCCUGCCCCAACACUGUACUCUGUCAUCACAUCAUCCACAGAUCACAGCUUAGCCUGUGUUACAGAGUGGGUUAGCCUCUAACCUCCAUGUUGUGUGAAGAGGCAUAGACACCCAACACCUUGCCUACUUGUGGUUUCACCAUCCUUCAACCACUUUCCUUAUGUGCUCAAGACAGCAGCAUGCAGACAGCCAACCAGCUUAGCCAUUGCUGAGAUGCUCAUUCCCAGGGGCUAAACCAUAACUAUCAGCCUUUGUCAAAUAGAUUUAUGUUAGUGGAUUUUCUCAUUUGCAUCACAUAUCAUUGUUAGAAUUAAUUUUACGAAAAAUUUCUUAUUAUAGUCUCAGCUGCAAAUAUUCAAAGUUGGUUGUUAAUUUCAAUCACAAGCAAUGAUUUUUUUAAAGUAAGUAUUUUAUCUUCAAGCAUUUUGGAUGCUGUUGAUGCUGACAGU